AUGAUUGAAGCACAAAUAAAUUAUAUAGCUGAAGCAUUUCUUUAUAUGAAUCAAAAUCAUAUACGAUCUAUUGAAAUAAAACAAGAUGUACAUGAAAAAUUUAAUGAAAAUUUACAAUUAAAACUAAAGAAAACAGUAUGGCAAAAAGGUGGUUGUCAUUCAUGGUAUCAAGAUGCUAAAGGUAAUAAUACUUCUUUAUGGCCUGAUUUUACAUGGAUUUAUAUAUUAUUAUUGAAAAAUUUUGAUUAUGAAAAUUAUAUUUGCCGAACAUGA